AUGCUUGCACAAAAUGAUGAGAUAAUAGCUUGUUUUGGAGUACGUACUAAAGAUGGAUUGCAUGGAGGGCGAGAGAGUAGUCGCGCGGGUGGUCUAAUUGCAGCAUGUUGGGCCACCAUGAUGUUCAUUGGCGAGGCAAGAUACGUGCAGAUGGCUGAUGAGAUCGUCACUGCAGCCAGAUUUAUUGAGAACGAACUGCGAAAAGUGGAGGGCAUUUUCAUAUUCGGCAAGCCUACGACGACAGUGGUGGCGUUCGGUUCGAAGCAGUUCGACAUAUUCAAACUCGCAGAUUUACUACACAAGAAGGGCUGGAGUCUUAACGCGCUGCAGUUCCCUUCUGGGAUACACAUUUGCGUGACGCAUGCGCAUACACAGCCGGGUGUGGCGACGAGGUUCGUGAACGACGUGCGCGAUGCUGUAAGCGCCUGUCUCAAGGACACCGACGGGCCUGUCCAGGGGAAGAUGGCGAUAUAUGGCGUAGCGCAAGAAAUAUCCGACCGCAGUCUAGUCUCGGACAUCACUAAAUACUUCAUAGACUCAAUGUACUAUCUACCGAAGCCAGGAGACGAGUGAGGCUCGGUAUAUCGAUUAUUAAGCGACAGGACAUUGCAUUUGCUAAUUUUGUAAUUUUCAAUUUCGCUAUAUUGGAUGGCAAAUUAAAUUUGGACUCUUACCCAAGAAUUUUUGUCAAACGUCAAUAUUAGAGUCAGAAUUUUAGAGUCCAGAAAUAAUUUGUCAUCAUUUACCAUUGAAUUUUGUAUGCUUUAAUUUUAAACGGAUGUUGUGAGGUUUUUAUAUAUUUAUGUAUAUUUUAUAGCUGUUAAAAACUCAAGGCUGAAUUUAUAAAACGAACUUUGAGUUCUUCUAAGCAACGUUUAAGCAAGCGAUUAAAUUAAUUCUUACUUCGAAUUUCUUUCUUAAACUGUUUUUUAAAAAUUCAAAGGGAAACCAUCUUUAUUUCGUAGACAAGCAAAUUGCACUUGAAAUUGUCAUAUUGAUUAAACUCUACUGCUCAUUCGUAAGGCAGUUUCCCCUGAGAAGAAUGUCAAGAAACAGUUGGGGUUGCCUUUGUAAAUAAACAUUUGUACACAUUUACCGUUUACAAUAUUUAUUCGAGAUAACCUGCAAGGGCUAAACGGGUCACUACCACGGUUUUUAUCAGUCAAGUACGCAGAAGUUGUAUAAUAACCUUAAGUAUUGUUUCAGUAUAGUUUUAAACCUUGGCAAAGCCAAUUUUGAAUAUCAACCGGAAUUUUAAAUGAAUUUGUGACUUUGUUUUUCGUAACAUACGAUCUUAGUGGUAAACACUAAAAUGGUAGCAAAGUGCUCGCAUCAAUCGUAUUAUUAUAAUACUACACUGUAUCCUAAGAACCUUAACUUUUAUGCGUAUUCUGUAACGCUUGUAUAGUUUCGUGGUGAUACGCAGUGGAGUGAUUUUUAGCAAUUCACAUAACACCAUUACAUGAACUCGGUGCCUUGAUCCGUAAUUAUCUCUUUUGGGAUACCAUAUUUAAAUAUAAAAUGAUUUACAAAUAAACUAGCAGCCGACUGACCCGUUGUAGAGAACUGCUAGUUUAUUUUUAUUCCUCAUAUUAAUGUUGUCUGUCACUAUUUUUCAUUAAAAAAAUGACUAUUAUUCUUAACAUAAAUUACAUUUUCAUAAAUCUAAUGUGACUCUAGUGUAAGUUCGUUUUUAUAAAACUUGUAUGACUCGCUAUUCGCUUAGUCGAAUUUAAAAGUUCGGUUUUUAAAUCUCAGUCCUAGUGUCUUCUAGGGAAUUAUAUGCGACACUUGUUCAGUUUGCUGUUGUAAAGCAUUUAUUCAUCACAUAAUUUCGUUCGUUUUUAUAAAUACGAAAAACUUGUUUAGCUCUUAGCUCGCUAUCUUUACUUAGUAGAAGUCAAAGUUCUUUUUAUAAAUCUCAGUCUUAGUGUCUUCCAGAGAAAUAUUGUGACUCCUGUUCAGUUCGCUGUUGUAUAUAUAUAUAUUUUUCCAUCACAAAAAGCAAGUAUCAUUUUGUAUAAGUAUAAUACUGUUUUGAUAAACGGAGUAUACAUAUGUUGAUAUUAUUAUGUACAUUAUGUGGACGUUCAUAAAUUAAUUAAACUUUAUUUUCUUUCAAGUUUAAGCUUUAUAAAUAUAUAUUUAGCCACUACAUUGGCAUUGACGAAGGUUAUGAAAUUUACGUACAAAUUUAUAAAUAUAAUAAAAAAUUAUCCAACGAAACUGCGAUAGGACGAAGUGUUAAGUGCUCAACAUAGGUGCCACAAUGGAAUCUAGUCUAUUAAAGGCAUUCUCACGGCCUAUAAAAAUACUUACGAAUAUAAAUCAGAAUAUAGGUGUCAACGCUAGAGAUCAUUUCUUAUUUGGUUAGCGCACAUGCUUGAAUUCCUGAUGCAAAAAUAGACUUCUUCCCGAUAUCAUCGAUCAAAUUAGACAUGUCAAUUUGGUAGUAUAUGUAUAGUUCAAUCUAAAGGACGGUAUGACGGUACUCACCAGUUACGUUCGUUUUGCGACCUUUCUAGUGCAGCUUUAGCAAUUAUUGGAAGAUGCUCUAGAACGAUGAUUCCCAAACUGGUUUACAUUGACCUCAUGGAGUCCACAAAACCUACAAUAGAACCAUGGCAGCGAAAAAAAUAGGGGGUGCAUGCAUGGAUGUUAAUAUGAGCCCGCGAGAGUGAAACCCAAGUCAAGAUUUUAGCUUUCCACAAAUGGAAUAAGCCACAUUACACAGAUUAGUGCUUAUGUAAAUACAUAAUACUUUCUUAUAAUAGACAUAAAUUACCUAUGAAGUUCUUAAACAUUUCAUUUAACAUCAAUUUGUUUUUUCUUUAUAAAGUUUCUCACUGGCACUGUGUUAGCUGUCAAAUACACAUUUGAAGGUGAUGAUUUGUGAAAAUAACGCUAUUAGAAAGAUAGGUGGUCUAGGAAAAACAAACAUAAUUAGUACGUGGUCUAUACAAAAAUACAGACAAAAAAGUUUGGGAGUGGCUGCUCUAGACAUUUCGUGCAAAGCAAAUUUAAAAAAGAGAGCAAUUAGUUCUGUGGAAUUAUCGCCCAAUGUUCGUUUUAUCGUCACAAAAAUAAAAAUAUUUGGCUUGCGACGUGAACGUUCGCCGUCAUAAAAAUGUUCCCGAUCGAUGUUCUCUAAGCUUUAGAGUGAACAUAGGACCAAAUCACCCUUCUGGUUAUAGUCUUAUUUUCUUUUUUUUCUAUUUUUUUGUUGUUAUACAUUUUGUAAAACAAGGAUAUAUUCUUGGAACAAGAGCUCUGAAAAAAAUCAUUAUCGUAAGGGUGUAAUUGAAGUAUCGUUUUAUAAUGCAACUCAAAAACUAAUCAUGCGGGCUUUUUCUAAAUAGUGUAUACAGUAGGACUAUAUAUUCUGCACUUCAAGAAGACUUGAUUUAAAUGCAAAAGGAGUCGUAUUAUUGUUUUUUGUAUUAAAAAUAUUAAAUAAUCAUUGUGAAUUCCAAUAUCAUGACACGUUACAAAACAAGUACGUAGGAUGUUUGUGUUUUUCUAGGCAGACUGUAAUCUCGGGGCUCUAACUACAUCACAAUUCACGUGGGCAGUUUUCUAAUCGACUGUUAUUUAAAAAAGUGAAAAUGCGCUAGUAUCGGUAUUGAACCUCACUUGUAGGCAGUUUUUGUAGAUGAAAUUAGUCGUAAUUACCGCCCAUAAAAUGUUAUUCGCUUUUAGCGUGGACAACGGUAUACAACCAAUCAGCAUCAAAUUAGAUUGUUUGGAAAGAGUUUCCAUAUCACAAUUUUACCUUUGGUUUCAAACUUACUAUAACAUUUGUACAUAACACAAGUUAACAAAUAUAUAGGAAGUCGCUAGAAAGCUCUGUAUUUAUAAACAUAGUACUAUUUGUAUAUCAGCUGUUGUAAUUACUAAUUUGUAAGUUAAUAAAUGUUUUGAAUUAUUUACAUUAAAGGUUAUAAUUACG